UGACGGAGAAAGCCAUUAAACCUUUUUCUUCUUCCCUUUUUUGCUUCGUUCGCUCUCUCUCUCGUCUGUCUGCCUUCCAAUUUCCACGGAAAGGUUGCCCUUUUCCUUCCCGAUUGCUCAGCAACCCCGAUUUCGACCGGAGGAUUGAGUAUGGGACUGCUCCGAUCUCUCGGCUGAUCGGUCUUGUUGCGGCGAUCGUCACUUUUCGUGGUUUCGGGGAGGAAUCGCUACGUUCCCGAGGCGGCCAUCGGUUCCCCGGUGAUUACGUAUGAACUGGUUCGUGAACUUGGGGUUGAAUUCGAAUUCCAGCCACUUCGUCACCUGUCUCUUGUUUUUUAUUCUCCAUUACUCCCCCCAAUCGUCCCCUUCCAUUCUGAGCUCGAAGAGUUGCUGGAGAUUCAAUCGUCGGUGUCGUAGUCAUGGAUAAUCGCUGUGAUGGGAACGGCGUCAACAAAGCCUGUUACUAUAUGAAUCCCGAGGGAAAAUCUCGCUCUCCUUCUGCCAUAGUCAUUGGUGCUGGGUUUGCAGGGAUUGCAGCUGCUCAUGCUCUAAAAAAUGCAUCUUUCCAGGUUGUGCUUUUAGAAUCUCGGGAUAGAAUUGGUGGUCGAGUUUACACUGACCACUCAUUUGGCUUCCCCGUGGACAUGGGAGCAGCCUGGUUGCAUGGUGUCGGCAAAGAGAAUCCAUUGGCACCUUGGAUUGGAAGACUUGGCCUACCAAUUUAUCAAACUUCUGGUGACAAUUCUGUUUUGUUUGAUCAUGACCUGGAGAGUUAUGCACUUUUUGAAGAUGAUGGACGUCAAGUUCCUCAAGAUUUAGUCCAAAAGGUUGGCCAGGUGUUUGAAAAGAUUUUGGAAGAGGCUAACAAACUCAGGCACGAAACUGAUGAAGAUAUAUCUAUAGCACGAGCUAUUAAGAUAGUAAUGGAGAGACAUUCAGAUUUAAGACAAGAGGGCCUUGCCAACAAUGUAUUGCAGUGGUACCUGUGCAGAAUGGAAGGUUGGUUUGCUACGGAUGCUGACAACAUCUCAUUAAAGAAUUGGGAUCAGGAAGUGUUGCUCCCUGGUGGUCACGGUCUUAUGGUUCGUGGUUACCGUCCUAUAAUUAACACACUUUCAAAAGGCCUUGAUAUUCGCCUAAAUCACCGUGUAACAAAAAUAACAUGGGGCACAAAGGGAGUAGAGGUAAAGGUCAACAAUGGCAAAUCAUUUUCUGUCGAUGCUGCUAUUGUAACUGUCCCCCUGGGGGUUCUCAAAGCCAAAACAAUCAAAUUUGAACCAAGACUUCCAGAUUGGAAAGAAGAAGCAAUAGAUGGAAUUGGAGUUGGGACAGAGAACAAAAUUGCUCUUCACUUUGACAAGGUUUUCUGGCCAAACGUGGAAUUUCUUGGACUUGUCUCAGCCAAUACAUACGGUUGCAGUUAUUUUCUUAAUCUUCACAAGGCAACCGGACACCCUGUUCUCGUUUACAUGCCUGCAGGCUGCCUUGCUUACGAUAUUGAGAAAAUGUCCGAUGAAAAUGCUGCUAAGUUUGCUUUUAGUCAGUUAAAAAGGAUCCUUCCAGAUGCAAAUGAACCGAUCCAAUAUCUCGUGUCUCACUGGGGGUCGGAUGAGAACUCGCUCGGUUCUUAUAGCUACGACGCAGUUGGCAAACCUCGCGAAUACUUCGAGAGGCUGCGCAUUCCCGUGGACAACCUCUUCUUCGCCGGAGAAGCUACAAGCAUCAAGUAUACAGGCACCGUGCACGGUGCUUUCUCCACCGGGUUGAUAGCGGCCGAAGAGUGCCGGAUGCGUGUGCUCGAAAAAUAUGGAAAUCCAGACACUCUAGAGAUGUUCCACCCAGCUAUGGGGGAAGAAGCCGCUUCCAUCUCAGUCCCUUUGCUCAUCUCCCGUAUGUAGUAAAUCGCAAUGCGGAUGCUUUGUAUUUGAAUAAAUGGACACACGCAGUGUGGAUUGUUAAAUAAGAACCAGAUGUAUGGUCGUUUGGAUUCGUAAUGCUAUUUCAAUGCUGUUCUUUGUUCUGAA